AUGGCAGCUUCCAAGUCGUCUCAGCAUAGCUUCAUGUUGGCCCUGGCAUCAAUGGCAAUGCUUACCGGCGUUUACGCAAGAGGUGAAGCUGCCACCAGCUAUGAAGCUUCCACAAAGUACCUAGGGUGCUAUUCUGACCCGAAGGUCACGAUUCUUACCUCGGCCAAGCUGUCCACAAUCGCUAUGACGCCGCAGUUCUGCGCCGACUGGUGCGGCCAGCGAGGAUUCUCACACAGCGGGAUCGAAUUUGGGACGCAAUGCUUCUGUGGUGCAGAACCUGACUUGAGUGAUGCCACUCGAACAGAUGACGGCGAUUGCAACACGCCCUGCCCCUUGGAACCGUCCAGUUCGUGCGGCGCAACCUACGUUAUGUCGUUAUAUCAAAUUGUAAAUCCCCAAGGAGGGAGCCCCGACACGCGCUUCGUGCCUGCCUGCCAACGGCGACCUUUGAGCAGCCACCCAGUGUGCAAUACUGCCCUUAGUAUUCCCGAGAGAGUGAAGUCUCUGGUUAAUUCACUGACCCAGGAAGAAAAAAUCUUGAACUUGAUGGAUGCUGCAGCGGGAUCAGAACGUCUGGGCUUGUCAUCGUAUGAAUGGUGGAGCGAGGCAACUCACGGUGUUGGGUCUGCACCUGGCGUGCAAUUUACACGUGCCCCCGCCAAUUUCAGUUCGGCCACGAGCUUCCCUGCCCCGAUUCUCACGGCGGCUUCCUUUGACGAUGCGCUGUUUCGCGAUAUCGGCGAAGUUACCGGAAAAGAGGGACGAGCUUUUGCCAACAACGGCUUCUCCGGGUUCGACUUCUGGGCUCCCAACAUUAACGCCUUCAGGGACCCCCGCUGGGGAAGAGGUCAGGAAACGUCCGGCGAGGAUGUGCUGGUGGCCCAAAACUACGUUCGCGGGUUCGUCCAGGGGCUUCAGGGUGAUGACCCUAAGGAGAAGCAAGUGAUCGCCACAUGCAAACAUUUUGCGGUCUAUGACAUCGAGACUGAUCGAUAUGGCAACAAUUUCAACCCCACACAACAAGAACUCGGAGAAUACUUUUUGCCACCAUUCAAGACAUGUGCUCGAGAUAGCGGCGUGGGGAGUGUGAUGUGCGCCUAUAAUGCCGUGUUUGGUGUCCCCGCCUGUGCAAGCGAAUAUCUGCUCGGCGAUGUCCUGAGAGAUCACUGGAAUUUCACGGCCGAUUACAACUAUGUCGUGUCGGAUUGCACUGCGGUAACGGAAAUUUGGCAGAGCCAUAACUUUACCAAUUCUGCUGAGGAGGCGGCCUCGGUCGCUCUCAACUCCGGGGUGGACUUGGAAUGUGGAAGCUCAUACCUGAAACUGAAUGAAUCGCUGGCCUCCAACCACACAUCUAUCGAGACUUUGGACCGAUCCUUGCAAAGGCUGUACUCGGCCCUUUUCACGGUUGGUUUCUUCGAUGGAGGAAAGUACACGGACCUUGACUACGCGGAUGUUUCCACCCCAAGUGCGCAAAUCUUGGCCUAUGCCGCCGCGGUGGAAGGAAUGACAUUGCUCAAAAAUGACGGUCUGCUUCCUCUUGGUACAAAGCACCAUUUCAAGACUGUCGCUGUCAUUGGACCUUAUGGCAAUGCCACGACACAGAUGCAAGGAGAUUACUCGGGCAUGGCUCCUCACAUUGUGAGUCCUCUAGAGGCGUUUCAGAGCGCAAGUCAGUGGGAAGUCAAUUACGCGCAAGGCACCACUAUCACCAACGAGACGAAUACUGGAUUCGAUGAGGCCCUGCGCGCGGCGGAAAAGAGCGAUUUGAUCGUAUUUCUCGGAGGCAUCGACAAUUCUCUCGAGAAUGAGGGUCUUGAUCGCAAAUCUCUCGCUUGGCCCCAGAAUCAAAUGGACCUCAUGACAGAGCUGGCAAAGACCAAGAAGCCAAUGAUCGUGGUCCAGUUCGGUGGGGGUCAAGUCGACGACAGCGCGCUUCUUCAAAACGAUCAUGUGAAUGCGAUCGUUUGGGCGGGAUAUCCCAGUCAAAGCGGUGGCACUGCUCUUCUGGAUAUUCUUCAGGGUAAAGUGUCGAUUGCGGGUCGCCUACCUGUCACCCAGUAUCCAGCCAGCUAUGCGGAUCAAGUCAGUCUUUGGGAUCUCAGUCUUCGGCCCAACGCGAAUACUUCAUAUCCAGGACGGACAUAUAAAUGGUACACUGGCGAGCCGGUUCUUCCAUUUGGCUAUGGACUGCACUACACCAAAUUCGAAUAUAAGUGGGAAGAGGGCCUGCACAAGCAAUACAAUAUUCAAGAGCUUGUUGGAUCAUGCAAAAGAAAGUCGGGUGGCUCUAUUAAUGAUGUUACGCCCUUUGCUUCUGUCAAAGUACGCGUUCGAAACGUGGGUCACGAGGAUUCUGACUAUGUCAGCCUGCUUUUCCUCUCGAGUCCCGAUGCAGGACCCGCCCCUCAUCCCUCCAAGACACUGGUCGCCUACUCUCGCCUUCAUGGCAUCAAAAAGAACCAUGCGCAGACUACCACCCUGAAUUUGAACCUGGGCUCUCUGGCCAGAGCUGAUGAGAAAGGAAGUCUAGUGAUCUAUCCGGGCCAUUACAAGCUUGUCCUGGACGUCGAUGAGAGUCUUGCGCUUGAAUUCUCAUUGCACGGAGACCCAGAAGUGAUUGAGACUCUUCCUGAGCCGCAGGAGCAGUAUGACUACACGGUCCCGGUUCAUAUUCAGCCGCCAAGCACCGGGCCACUGUGA